ACAAAUUUUUAGGGUUCCGUCGCGUUCCUCAUCCUCUGUGCGAGAGCGGCGGCAUUGCAAGGGCGCGGCUCUCGGCGCGAGCUGGGCGCGCGGAUUCUCCUCGCUUUCGCUACUGUUUGGAAGGUCUGGUCUUCGAUUUAGGGCGGGCGAGCGAGCGAGCGAGCGAAAUCUCGAGAGAGGAGAUGGAGCUGUGAGCUGUGAGGUGUUCUUCCAUUCUAACGAGGUCUUUUCUUAGUUUGUAGAAGGAAAAGUAAAAGGGGGAGGGAGAGAGAGAGAUGGCAGCUCUAGAUGUAAGUGGUGUGGAGGAUUCGAGCUGUGGAAAGGAUGGGCCGGUGUUGACGAUGAUGAACAAGCGGCUGCGAGCGCUCAAGAAGAAGUACAAUCGAAUCGUCCAGCUCGAGGAGGCCAAGGAGAAAGGCAAGGCUAUCAACAAGGAGCAGGAGGAUGUUCUCAAGAGCAAGGUCCAGGUGCUGACGCUGAUGGAGGAGUAUGAUCGCCUCCGGCAACCUUUGCUCGUCGCGGUGAGGGAGGAGAUUGCCGAGAAGGAGAAGGAAUGGAUUGCUACCAAGGAGGAGCAAGUUUCUGGAGUGGCUUCCAGCGAGAACUUGGAGGAGGCCAGAACCGAGUCGGAGGAGGCCAGCAAUGAGACCCUGGAGAAUGCUGGUAGUGGCGAGGCUGACAAUGUUGGUGGUGGUGGUGGUGAUCCUGCCUUUGCCGCUGCUGCUGCUGCUACUCCCGCUGCUGCUACCGAGGAGAACGAGAAGAUCGAAGUUCCGGUUGACAGUGGCAGCGUUGCUGGACUGGACGAGCAUCUCAUGCUGGAGCUCAUCCAGCUCCUCUACUUUGCGCUGCUCUUCGACGUCCAGUCCCAGGGGGAGGCUCACUCGUUCAUGCGGACUGUCAAGUACCACGAGAGAGUUUCGUGCCUGUCCUACGAUCUCGUCACCGACGAUUCCACUUCGCAUCUCACCGACGCCGACUUGGACGCCCUGGCUGCGUUUGGAUCGCUCAUGACUUCUCGACCGCCAAACACGACGCUAUCGCACCGGGACGCUCUCCAGGCCUGUAUCGCUCAUGCGAGACACUGGCUGCUCAACUCGGACGCGAUCAUCGACGCCAACAUCCUCAACGUGACAUACACUGAGCUGCGAGACAGACUAAACAGGAUAUUGGCGACCGAGUACUUCACCAUGACGCCUGAGCUGCAGACUGUAACAUCAGAGAUCGCAGUGGGACAGUUUGGACCCGAGCUUGGGGUCCCUCAGGAACACUACGUAAAUGGCGACGCUCCCACCGAAAACGUCUCCGACAGCUCCGGGGCCAAUUCCGAGGCCUUUCAGCUGGACGUGAAUCCAAUCAAGAGCUUGCCUCACGAGGAAGCCCAGCCAGCCGAGGACCAACGACAACCCGAUGAAACCACUCCUCGCCAACAUCAACCGCAACAAGGAUUCCAGCAGAAGUUUAGAGGAAACCGUGGCGGCGGCGGCGGUAACGUUGGCGGUGGCGGUGGUGCUAACUAUCCUCGUGGACGUGGCCGUGGUGGCGGUAGAGGCUAUCGCGGCGGCGGUAACUACGCACCGGCAAAUGGUAACCGAGGCGGUGGUAACGCAGGGAACGGUGGUGGCCAGUACUACGAUCAGAGUGGCUACUACCAACGCAAUAGCUACUAUGGAAGUGGAGGAAAUCGUCGCGGUAGAGGCUACUACAGCAACAACAGCAGCUCCAACAACAAUAACGCUCCAAAUCACGCAAACGGGCCGUCGCCAGCAGUGGCAAGUUAACAGGAAUCGUCGGGAAAGCGCGAAGUUCCAAAGCUAUGAAUUUUUCAUUCCGGAUAUUAGUGGAGAUUUCUUCUAGCGAGCUAUACACAAUUUCUACAUUGCCAGUCGAAGUUUCGAAACUAUGAAUUUUUCUGUGUCAA